AAUUUAAAAAGAAAGGUUAUACACAUGUAAAACACCUCGACUUAAUGGCGAGUGUGUUUGAGGAAAGAAGGGAAAUUAUCUUCAGUGUCUAUCACGUAAAUCGUGUCAUCUACGAUGUCACGCGAACGAUUGGUGAAGACGCACACUUUUUGAUCUGGCCUCCUAUUGAUACUGGAGAAAACAAAAUCAGUCCAUUGUAUGACGCAAGAGUAAGUAAAGUACUACUUAAACAAAGUAUGGAGUAUUGUUGUGUUAAACCAUGGUCAUUAGGUCAGGAAGGCGAAAAGGAGCACAAGCUGAAGAGUCCGAGGGGUAUCGCUACAAACUCCGGCGGAGAAUUCAUUGUCGGGGAAUGGCAGGAUGGUUGUGUGAAGGUGUUUGACAGCAGCGGCAAGUUUGUUAAACAUUUCAGUCUCCCUAACGAUGAUGUAAAUACAAUGUUAUAUAUUCACGAUGUCGCCACAGACACGAACGACAACAUCUUUGUGCUGACCGAACUGACCGGUCGGAGCAUCUAUCCACUGUCUAUAUAUUGCUGGAUUUAUAAACUUACGAAAACCGGUGACCCGUAUCACCGGUUUCGUCUGAGGACAGAGGACGUGGGCGAGUACACAGGACUGUCAGUGACUGACACGGGAAAAGUACUGACAGGAGGAACUAUCAAGACAACAGGAUUAAUGGAGGACUGGGGCUGGUACACAGGACUGUCAGUGAGUGACACGGGAAAAGUACUGACAGGAGGAAUGGAGGUAGAGGAGUAUGACAGUAAUGGAGAGUUUGUUCGCAGUUUUGGCGAAGGAGUAGUGAACUAUGUAACGGAUGUCACUGUCGCUACUGAUGGCCGUGUUAUGGUAAUGUACAGAGAUGAUUUCUGGGUUUACAUAUUCAGUGAACACGGUGACUAUCUUAACAAAUUUAAACUGCAAAGAAAUGACUAUAACGACACGAGCAUUACAUUUCACCGAACAGGUGAACAUGUCGUCAUCGCUGGUGUUAGAGAAGAGAAAGAACUCCUGCAGGUUGAGAUAUACAGCAAAGAUGGUGAGUUUGUGCGUAGUGUAGAAAUCCAAAUUGAUGGGAGCUAUUCCGUAACAGGGAUUACAGUGACUACUGAGGGACACAUUGCUGUUGCUGUAGGUACUAAACUAGGUUGGAAGGUAUUAGUUUUUUAAACUGCUGUUUUGAUGUUUUCCUGUUAUUGGGAAUGUGUAGGGACUUUUAGGGUAAGCAUCACAAUUCUCCAUCAUGGCUCUUAUUCGCAGCAUAUUCUCAUAGCUACAAUCAGCGUCAAGAUUAGUUUACUCAUGAUGUUUAAGAAUUAAGAGUUAUGUGUAGAAAAACAGUCCUGUUUCUACCGCACUCUAAAUCAUCAACAGACCCCCUCCCCCAUUCAAUGUUUGCUAAAAGUUCAUGGAAUCACGAUACACCAUCUCUUUUUUUUUGGGGGGGG